GUGUGUUGAACCUGAUCUGGGUUUCUGCAUGGACGGCUCGUGGUCAGCUGGUGUGCGAGUGGACAGAGAUGGCCGCGGUCUCGCUCAGGUGUGGACACGGCAAAUACAGCAGCUGAACCGCGUCAGUACAGCCGUGGCCAAAACAGUGACCAGCGCCUUCCCUUCACCAUCACUCCUGCUGCAGGCCUAUGAUGAGCUGCCGUCGGGGGAGGAGCCACGCAAGCUAUUGGCUGAUCUCAUGGUGGUGGGUGGAGCUAACGAGAGGCGUGUCGGUCCUGAGCUCGCCGGCCGAAUACAUCGCCUCCUCACGUCCCAGAAUCCUCAGCUCCUGCUGGAUUAAGGCUCAAAUCAUGGAAGAAAAUCAAACUCUGCACUUUAAAGUGAGCUGAAUAUAAACAUGUGCCUCAGAUUAAUACAUUCAAAUCUCAUCAUGGACAUAUUGAUUGAUCAUACAGCAAGUACUUGAAAAAUAAAUGUCAAUUAAAUGUU